AUGUCAUCAUUAGGAUAGCAUGUUGAGUUAUAACAUCGAGAUUCAAUUUAAGAAUCUUUAUUAAAUGAUUUAUCUAUAUAUAAUUAAGAAGAGUAUCAUUUAGAAAUCUCAGAAAUCAUGUUAAAUGGAAAAUAAUUCUAGAAUAAAGCAAAAUUGGCUAUGGAAGAAAGAGCAGAGAAAGAAUAAUAAUAAUCAUAAUAAUACAUUUUAGAGAAGAUUCAUUAACUAUAUAGUGACAGUUUGGAAGGCAUAUAAAAGAAAUUAAGUAUAUAAAAAUGAUUUAUUAUAGAUAUUUUAUAUUAAUUACCAAUUUUGAGACCAAAACAAAUAAUUUUAUGGAAAUUAUUAAUCAAUUUAUUAACUUUAUUUGUUUUUUUUGAAAUCCCUGUUUAUAUAGCAUUUGGAGAAGGUUUCUGGAAGGUAUCACCAUAUUUAUUUUAAGGAAUUAGAGACAGAAUAUUAAGUUGCAGCAUUGUAUUAUACAAUAUCUCUUUUGCUUGUAAUAGAUAUGGGUUUAGAUUUUAUAACUGCUUAUUAUAAACAUGGAGUUGUGAUUACAGAUAGUAGAAAAAUAGCAAUAAAUUAUUUAUAUGGCAAUUUCUUUUUUGAUCUUACAGCAGUAAACCUUUAUUAUAUAGAACUAGCUAAUAAUUUCAAUUGCUAGAUUAUCUUUAUUCACACCUAAAUUUAGAUUUAUCUUUUUAAUGUUUUAUUUUAAAUUACCUUCAUUUUUAAGAUUUGAUAAUCAAUUAAAUGAAAUGGUAUUACUUUAUAGAAGAACGAGAGUAUUUUAUGAAGUAGGAAAACGAGUUAUUUUUAUGUUUUAUGCAUUCAAUGUAUUUUUGUGUGUGUUUUAUAUGAUUGGAUUACAUAGUGUAGCAUCUAAUUAUAAUUCAUGGUUAACAAAUUAAGGUAAUUUUGGAAUUAUUUUGGAUCGACCUUUGCAUGAAAUAUAUUUUUUUGGAUUCUACUUUUCUUUAGGAACUGUUUCAACUACAAUGGGCUAUGGAGAUAUAGUAAAUAUGUUAUUUUAAUAAUUAGUCUCCUAUGAAUAUUAUAGAGUGUUCUUGGUCUCUUUUAGGAGUAAUGUUUGGACUCAUUAUCUUUGCAAAUAAUAUUAACUCAUUUUAAAAGAUGAUGGAAGAAUAUAAUUUAAAUGAUCUUAAGUAAUUUAAGUAUAAGGUAAGCAUCAAUAAAUUUAUGGAAUAAAAAUAAGUACCUUCUGAUUUACAGGAAAUAAUAAGGUAAUAUCUCAAUGAAUAUUGGCAUUAAUAAGGAUUGAGAGAUUAAGAGCAAGAGAUAUUGGUUUUUUAAAUGUUGCCUCCUGAAUUAAAAUAAGAAUUAAUGUAUUAGUCUUAUGGACAAUUUUUGUAAACAACAUUUUUCUCAAAAUAUUUUUCAAAGGCAUUCUUAAAGGAUCUCUCAGAAAAAAUAACAGAAGUUAAUUAUUCAACAGGAAAUGUAAUAAUUGAAGCAGGUGAUUCUAAUGAUGAUUAAGCCUUUUAUUUUAUAUAAAGUGGAACUGUAAUUAUAAAAUGUGGUAAUUCAGAAAUUGUGAAAAAGAGAUUAAUAUAGGGUGACAGUUUUGGUGAAUUUGCCUUUAUGACAGGUAUUGAAUUUAUAAUUUAAUUUAAAAGGAUAAGCAAGAACAGCCACAGUAUAUUCUUAAGAAUAUAGUUAAUUACAUAAAAUAUCUAGAAGUGAUUUUUUGGAUGUCUUAAAACAUUAUCCUGAUGAUUAUGAAAUAUUUUGUAAUCUGAGAGAUGGAUUGAUUUUUUCAUCUCAUUUUCAAUCUCUUGGUUAAUUUUGUUGGACAUGUCAUAAAUUUGAUCAUUAUGCAUGUUCAUGUCCUUUUACUCAUUAUAUUCCUUAAGUUUAGAAUUUGAUUGAAAAUACUACUGUUUUGGAUUCAAAUUAAAAUAGAAUUAAAAUAUAACGAUAUAAUAGAAAACAUUGGCCAACCAGAACAAAUUAAAAGAUAUUAGUUAAUGGUUUGAAUAAAUCAAAAAUUUAGAAAUAUGCUAAUGUUAUGGUACUUUUAUAAUUUUAAUUAAAUAGUUGAAAACUGUUAAAAAUAUUAAUAUGUAAAAACAAUCUCCUCUGAAAAAGUAGACAAGUAUCCAACAAAGUGUAUAAACAUUUAGAUAAGAAUCUGAAUCAAAAUCAGAAUUUAAUAAAUCUGAAUUUAUAUAGGAUGAUUCUUUUAAAUUAAAUUAAUAAGAUGAAAAUGAAUAAAAUUAAUAGACAGAAUAAAAGGAUAGUAAUUAAAGUAAUCUCUCAUCAUUAUAGACUAAACUUAAUUAAUAUAGAGAUUAACAAUAAUAUCAAAUUCAUUAGGGAUUAGAUUAUUUUGAUGAACCACAAAAUUUCAAAUAUUACUAGAAAAAAUUCAAUUAUUCAAAUUACAAAGUAUUUUAAGGAUUUAAAGAAUCUUAAAUGAAGAAAUAAAUAAAUAUUAGAAAAUCAUUUAUGCCAGGAACAUAUAAUUGA